UCCCAUGUGCCCCCAUUGCCCCCCCAGACCCCCCUGGGUGCGUCCCGACCAUCCCGUGUCGGUCUGGCAUCGCUCCGUGGGAGCAGCCCGGGCAGCCUGCCCCGCUCCGCUGCACCAUUGAGCCGUGCCGGGAACUAAUUGGAGCCGGAGCUGGAACGGAGCCUGGAAACAGCCAAAAGGGAGCGAGGGAUGGAGGUGGGGGCAGCUCUGCAAAGUGUGACCCCCCCAAAAGAAAUAACGGCAUCAAAAGGACCCCCGAGGAAAUGGGACGCAGCUCCCUGCUCCUACAUCCCGUGGGAUGCUGCGGCCACGUGGAAAUGGGGUGGAAAAUUGCAAAUCUGGGUGAUUUCUCCCCAAACAAGUGUCAGCUCAGGCUGCUGGGGAGGCGAAACACACAGGGCUCUAUUGAGAGAGCGAGGGACAAAUAAAAAGAGGGGAAAAAAAACAUUGCCCGGGCUGAGGGCCAGCAGCACGGAGGGACGUGCCCGGAGCGGGACCAAGACGCAGAGCAGGGCCCUGCAGCCGGCCCGAGAUGUGGGGAGCUGCGUGCACCCCGCGCCUGCUGCACGCUGCCUGGCUCCUGGCUCUGCACGCAGGUCUGCUGGCGGGGGUGAACAUCACCAGCCCCUCGGCGCUGGUGCGCGGCACGGCGGGCAAAGCAGCGCUGCUGUCAGUGCGCUACGCCAGCGCCAGCCCCGACAAACCGGUGGUGAAGUGGCAGCUGAAGAGAGACAAACCCGUCACCGUCGUCCAGUCCAUCGGCACCGAGAUCAUCGGCAACCUGCGGCCCGACUACCGAGACCGCAUCCGCGUGCUGGAGAACGGCUCGCUGCUCAUCAGCCCGCUGCAGCUGGCCGACGAGGGCAGCUACGAGGUGGAGGUCUCCAUCACCGAUGACACCUUCACUGGAGAGAAGACCAUCAACCUCACUGUGGACAUCCCCAUCUCAAAGCCACAAGUGCUGGUGGCCUCCUCAACAGUGUUGGAGCUCAGUGAGUUCUUCACCCUCAACUGCUCACACGAGAAUGGCACCAAGCCCACCUACACCUGGCUGAAGGACGGGCGGCCGCUGAACAACGACUCCCGCCUCCUCCUCUCCCCUGACCAGAAGAUCCUCACCAUCACCCGUGUCCUCAUGGCAGACGAUGAUGUCUACAGCUGCCUUGUGGAGAACCCCAUCAGCCAGGGCCGCAGUGUCCCCGUGAAGCUCACUGUCUACCGCCGGAGUUCCCUUUACAUCAUCCUUUCCACGGGUGGCAUCUUCCUCCUCGUUACUCUGGUGACUGUUUGUGCCUGCUGGAAACCUUCUAAGAAACCGAAGCAGCAAGCGGAGCCACCUCCCCCUGACUACACAGAGCAGGAUGAGGAGCACCCCAAGCACGAGGCUGAGACCAUCCCUCGUGGCGCUGACCAUGAUCGCAAGACCCCCCUGGCCCUCUACAUCCUCAAGGAGCAGGACACCGCAGCACCUCAGGAGGAUUCAUCGCCGCCUGCUGGGCGCUCACCGGGACGCGGAGCUCGGCGCUACCAUCGCUCCCCAGCCCCAGCCCGGCCGCCCCGCUCCCCCCCCGGCUCCCCUGCGCGAUCCCGCUCCGCUGCGCGCCUGCUGCGGGCCGCCGGGGUCCCUGCCAUCCGCGAGCAGGAGGAAGGCAGCGCCCUGGAGAUCAGCGCCUGAGCUGAUGCUGCUGGGGAACACGUGCAUGGCCCGGCCCAGGCGUGGAGGGGUGACACGGGGCACAGCGGAAAGUCACUAAUUUGGUAUUGAACUCUGCUGGAGCUGCACCUUUCCGCCCCGCUGGGGGCUGGAGUGUUGCUGUAGUGGCCAUGGGGCUGGGUGUGGGGCACAUGGGGAGCACACACAUGCAUGGGAUGUACAUGGAGCAUGCACAGAGAGCUCACACUGCAGAGAAAGUGAGCAUGGAGCAUGCACAGAACAUGCAGAGAGCAUGUAUGUGGUAUGCAAAGAGAGUGUGCAAGAGCGUAUGCAGGAGAAUGCUGAGUGUGCUCAGAGUGUGCAAGGAUAUCAUGAACAGAGCAUGCAGAGAGAUUGUGCAUGGAAUAUAUGGAGAGAGCAUGCAGAGUGUGCACAGAGCCUGCAAGGGAACGUGCAUGGACUGUGUGGGAAAAGCAACCUGGAGUAUGGAGAGAGGGCACGUACAAAGGAUGCAAGAGAGCAUGCACACAGUGUGCAAAGGUAGCAUGCAAGAGAGCAAAAAUAAAGCAAGUCAAAAGCAGGUCAAGAGAGUGUGCACAAAGCAUGCAGCUAAGGCCAAACAGGCUGCGUGGCAGAACGUGUGCAUGGCAUGUGCAUGGACCAUGCAGGUAAGUGUGCGAUGUGCAGAGUGUGCCAGAGUUCAGAGCGUGUUCCAAAUGUGCAUGGAGUGUGUAGAGAGCACGAGUGUUCAGAGAGCGUGCAUGGGGCGUGUGGAAGGAGCGAGUGUGGAGUGUGGGAGAAGAACAUACACAGAGCAGGCACGUGUUAUGCAAGAACACUGUGCAUACGACCACAGCCCCAUGCAUGCAGUUGUGUGCAGGUUCCCAUGCGCGUGCACACCCACACACACUGGUGGAAAGGCCCCCAGCCCUCUGGCUGCACUGUACCCAAAUGUGGGCCAGGUCCCAGCAGUGCCCUCGCAGCUGCCAGCCGCCCUCUGCUGCCAAUGGAUUUUCUGUGAAAAUCACCUGUUUAUCAGCACUCCCACCUGCAGUGCUGCAGGAUCCCCCCACAAUAGGUUUAGGACGGAGCCGAAGGGCCGGAGCGCCAGAGCAGGAGCUGGGGCACCCCGUGGUGCUCGGCGUGUGCGAGCACUCGUGGAUGCUACUAACCAAUAAACUCCAUGUGUUACCCA